AAUAUCACAAAAUGAAGUCUGUUAUUCUGCAACACUUUGCGCCCUGUUCGAAAGAGACGGAGCAGCAGCGGGUGCAAGAAUCCGAGGAGUAUGAGCGCAAGAAGACCAAGAAAGUGCAUUUCUGGGAUUGUCGCGAUGCACAGGAAUACCGACAGCUGGAGAAGGAAGGCAAAGGCGUGUUCGACAUGCCCGUCUACGAUCCGGAUGCACAGGUCAUCGAUAUACAGUCGACUCCUCGCCCUGACGAUCCCGUCCAUGACAUCCCCGUGAGGAUCCUCCGACCCAAGGGAGCCCCGAGGGGGAUACUGAUGUUCAUUCAUGGCGGAGGCUUCGUCAUCGGCUCCUCCUCCUUGCAUGAUAAUGUGCUGCGGCUUCUGGCCGAGCAGACGGAUCUCAUUGUAGCCUCGGUGGAAUACCGCCUCGCGCCAGAAUACAAACUGCCUGCGGGCUCGUACGACUGCGUGGACGCAGCCAUGUAUCUGUUGUCGCCGGACUGCGAGAAGACGCUGGGCAGCACCUUGUCGUUUAUCUGUGGCGAGUCCGCCGGGGGGUAUUUGACUGUGCAGACGGCUCUGAUGCUGAGGGACGCGGGCAUUGAUGUGCGCAAGCGCCUGGCGGGGAUCAUGCCCGUGUAUCCUAUUGUCGAUCUGUCCUUCCUGCCGAGCGUGCGCGCGGGAACUGCAAGUGGACAGGGCGUGCCCAUGCCAACAGACGAUGCAGACCGGAACUUCAUUGCCCUGUCCCUGCCGCGUGAAGUCUGGACAUCCAAGGACAAGAUCAAGAAUCCGAUAUACUCGCCUCUAUAUGCAAAUCUCGGCGAUAUGCCUCCUGCCAUGAUCACUGUGGGCGCCAUCGACAGCCUGUUGGAUGAUAGUAUCCUGCUGGCGGCCAGGUGGGAGCUGGCGGGCAAUCAGGCAGAGCUGAAGAUCUACCCGGGCUCGCCGCAUGGUUAUCUGGUUGUUGACUUGGAUGUCACCAAGGAGGCGAUUGCAGAUCUUGUUGACUUUAUGAAGGGGAGGCUAAACAGCUCUUGAUCCAUUGAAAGAUCCUACAGUGUAUUUAGUAGAUAUAUUAUGUUAGUAUAAGAUAUGAG